AUGCGUCUGAAUAUUGUGGCAGCGGUUGUGCUGCUCGUCGGCUCCACUGCGGCCGGCGUUGCUAUCCCUCGACAAGGAAACGGUCGCCAGGUCUUCGCGCACUAUAUGGUAGGCCUGACUAGCGGGCAGUCCAAAGAUCAAUGGCAAAAAGAUAUCACGGAAGCCAAGUCGGCCGGUAUCGAUGGUUUUGCUUUGAAUGUCGGCUCUGCAGAUUCGUGGAAUGCACAACAGUUGCAGCUAGCGUACGACACCGCUUCCUCCAAUAGCUUCGACCUAUUUCUAUCUUUCGAUAUGGCUGCUAGUUCCUGGUCUGUUGAUCAGGUUGUUUCGCUCGUCAACCAGUACAAGGGCGCCAACAGCCAGCUCAAGGUUAACGGAAAGCCGUUCGUCUCGACGUUCGAGGGGCCAACCUGGGCUGACAACUGGGCUGCGGUGCGCUCUGCUACAGGUGGUAUCUUCUUGGUUCCUGACUGGUCUUCAUUGGGAGCUCAAGGAGUCGGUAGUAAAUUAAGUCAGAUCGAUGGUGCUUUCAAUUGGGGUGCCUGGCCAAACGCAAACGAGUAUACAAUAACGACUGGGAAUGACCAGGCAUACAAAUCAACCCUCCAGGGCAAGCCAUACAUGAUGGGCGUUAGCCCUUACUUCUAUACAGACCUUCCCCAAUAUAACAAAAACUGGUAUUCGUCUAGCGAUUCACUCUGGUACGACCGUUGGAAGCAAGUCUUGGAUAUCCAACCCGAGUAUAUCGAGAUCAUCACUUGGAACGACUACGGCGAGUCUAGCUACAUCAACGAUCCGGUUGCUGCACAGAUUGUGAGCGGUGCCGAGGGGUAUGUCGACGGUUUUGGACACUCCGCUUUCCGCUUUGUAUUGCCCUACUUCAUCAGCGCCUACAAGACUGGCAACACAAAUGUAGAAUUGCCGUCAGAGGGUGCUGUGGCAUGGUAUCGGACUACGCCAGCAGCGGUGUGCGGCAACGGCGGGACCGUAUGGGGCCAAGGUGGAAGCGCUUCGGCGGCAAGUGGAACGAAGGAUGUGAUCUCGAUCAUUGCGCUGUCCAAUUCGCCCAAGGACAUCACUGUUGCCAUUGGAGGCACGACUCAGACCGUAAGCGCGUCCAGUUCAGUCGGCAAGGCCUCGUUCUAUGAAAUAGACUUCAGCGGAAAGUCCGGUACCGUUACCAUUACGUUUAAUGGCAAGUCGACGACUGGCCCUGCGAUUUCAGCAGAAUGUCCAUCUUCAGGCCAUGUUAACUUCAACUCUGUCGCGAUCCAGGUGUGA